AUGGAGGGAAACUCAGAACAUGAACCCGCACGAGGGGAUCUAGAAACAAAAGCACCAACAGAUAUCAGUCUACCAAGCGAACCUCAAGGAACCCAAGGACAACUUGAAGUGACAGAAGAUCAAAUUGAAGACCCGACAAAAGAAAACGUCAAAUCAUGGAUCGAAGCCCAAAGCGAAACUCAACCACAACCUCCAACCGAACCUCCAGCAGUUGAGCAAGUUGACGAUGCUGUCGGAGAGCUGCCCCGCGUUGAAAAUACCCCCAGUACAGUACCUGGCGUGACUGGCACGACAGCUGUAAACGCUUCGACCACAACUUCAGCUCCAGGCACAGACACCCCAGGACAAGUACAAGAGUCAGCAGCCGAAGCCUCAUUUGGAGGAGUUGGAGCUGUUUCUGGAUCUGGAUCUGGGCCUGGACCGGCUUUGAUAACUCCACGCGGGCGGGCUGCAUCAACCUCCACUGGCCCCUCCACUACAACCGCCGGUCAUGGUCAUGUCCCUCAAUUUGUCGCUCCGUCAUCCUACCUCCGACGCAGGACUUCACUCCGAAGCCCGAUGGCACCCACCGAACCAAAGCCUCUAAGUCCUCUGGACAGAGAUCAGUUGCAGGGUCUGAAUGCCAUACGCGAUUUCCUCAAAGUUCGUACCAGUUACGAUGUUUUACCUCUAUCAUUCCGUCUCAUCGUCCUCGAUACCGACCUCCGCAUCAAGAAAGCCAUCGGCAUCUUGACGCAGAACUCAAUCGUAUCGGCACCUCUAUGGAACUCCAAAACCUCGCGAUUCGCCGGUAUCCUCACGAGCACCGACUUUAUCAACGUGAUUCAAUACUAUUGGCAGUUCCCUGACGAGUUCAGCAAACUCGAUCAGUUCCGAUUGAGUAGCCUAAGAGACAUCGAGAAAGCUAUCGGCGCAAUACCCAUCGAAACUGUAUCGGUUCACCCUUCAAAGCCAUUGUACGAAGCUUGCAGACGCAUGCUCAAGACCCGCGCCAGACGAAUUCCCCUGGUCGAUGUCGAUAGCGAGACCAACAAGGAAAUGGUUGUUUCAGUCAUCACUCAGUAUCGUAUCCUCAAGUUUAUCGCCGUAAACAACGAACACAACACCGUCCUCCUGAAGAAAACGGUUCGCGACAUUGGCCUCGGUACAUAUUCAGGUAUCGCUACAGCCUCGAUGGGAAGUUCCGUGCUCGACGUUGUUCACCUGAUGGUCAAACACAACAUCAGCUGUGUCCCGAUCAUCGAUUCUCACGGACGAGUUUUAAACGUUUUUGAAGCGGUUGAUGUCAUCCCCUGUAUCAAAAACGGUGCCUACGAUGACUUGGAUGGCUCUGUCGGGGAAGCGCUCUGCAAGAGAUCCGACGAGAGCCCUGGUAUUUACACAUGCAGUGAAGGCGAUCGCCUGGACUCCAUUUUUGAUACGGUCCGAAAGAGCAGGGUUCACCGUCUGAUAGUAGUGGACGAUGAUAACAAGCUCAAGGGUAUCAUUUCGCUGUCCGACAUUCUCAAAUAUGUACUGCUCUACGGAGUGGAGGAUACAAGCAACUGGGCUUGA